AAACGAAUGACUUUUGACAAAACCGCAAGUGAUAACGUUGGCGAUAACGCAAACGAUACGGCGCAAGGGCAUGUCUGAGUUUCUAGUCUCCGCCAAUGGUUAGUCGAUUUACUCAACGUCAGCAAUAUUGCAGCUAUAAAGGAUUGCGCUGAAGACACAAGGAAGGUAGUCUAGAAACAAACUAGAAGCUUUACUUUUAUAUGUUGUAGGCUCUUCACAAUAAGUCUUAAAGUGCUGUGUUAUAGAAAAUAGCUUGCACCAUCAAGCGUGGGCAUUGUACCUUUUCCGCGUGACCUCAACUUACAGCGAUUUUACGCCAUCAUCCGCCUGCCCUGAACUUUGUGUCUUUGCUCUUUCAUACUCGCUUGGACUUAUCAUCGAUGACGGGUCAAGUGAAUACUUACCUUGUGUUUAUGGUGUUUACGAUUGCCUUGGGUGCGUUUCAAUAUGGAUACCAUAUAGGUGAACUGAAUACCCCGCAAGCUAUCAUAUCCAAGUGUAAAUCACACGAUUACGACCCUGACCCCGAUCCCAGCACGUUCUAUGCCUUGCUUCCACCAUGCAUACCCAUGAGUGAUUCCACAUUUUCCUUGGUGGUGUCCAUGUUGAAUGUCGGAGGUCUGCUGGGUGCCAUAUUAGCUCCUCGAUUCUCUGAUCGGUUUGGUCGCAGAUUGACCCUGUUUGGCAAUACUGGCUUGCUCUUGCUUGGGUCACUUUCCAUGGGUCUCGCCACUAAUCUCUAUAUCCUCCUGUGGGGUCGCUUCUUAGCUGGUGUAGGUUCUGGCAUCAUCACAGUGAUAUGUUCCACCUAUAUUGCCGAAUGUGUGCCUGAUGAUCUGCGAGGUAUCUUUGGUGUAUGCAACCAGCUCGGUAUUGUUCUCGGAAUCCUUGUUGCGCAAGUGCUUGGGAUGUUUUUAUCCACACUGUCCGGUUGGCGAUGGAUUCUUUUGAUUGGCGCAUUUUUAUCGCUUUUUCAAGCCAUCUUGCUUCCAUUUUGUGUGGAAUCCCCACGUUACCUAGCGGCCAAAGCCGGAGGUUAUAAUGCGGCCAAAGCUAGUCUGGUCAAACUGCGCGGAACUGAAUUCGUCGAAGAUGAAAUAAAUUCGUGGCGACGAGAUUGGGCUGAAGAAGCUGGCGAGCAGCAACAACUUUUGAAUGAACUCGAUGAUCCACAGGAGGAAGGAGGACAAGCAGACCACCAUACACCUUUAGUCCACCCGUCAAAAGCCCAAAAUGUGGGUAUGUUCAGUUUUCUCACGUCACCUCUUUAUCGCAAACCCUUGUGUAUUCUUCUUCUACUCCACGUUACACAACAAUUUUCUGGGAUCAAUGCGGUCAUUUUCUACUCAACCUCCAUCAUGACUCCUAUCCUGCCUCAAUACUCUGACAAGAUCACAGUGUUCAUUUCACUUAUCAAUGUUACCAUGACCCUUGUGUCUGGUUACCUCAUGGAUCGACUAGGGCGAAGAUCGCUCUUUCUAUAUUCGUCAGGCAUUAUGGCUGCUGUGACCCUCGUACUUGCAUGGAGUAUGGACACUAACAUGUGGCCUUCCCUAUCAGCUGUCGCGAUCAUUGGUUUCGUUGCUGCAUUUGCCGUGGGCCUUGGUCCUAUUCCAUUCUUAAUGGUUCCAGAAAUUGUAGAUACCCAGGCGGUGUCUACAGCGAGUUCUAUUGCGCUUUCCACCAAUUGGAUUUGUAACUUUGUUGUCUCCGCUGGAUUUCUUGUUGUUCGAAAUGCCCUAGGAGGAGGAGGCAAGGUGUUUUACUUGUUUGCUGUGAUACUGGCCAUAGUAUGGGUCAUUGCCUACCGAAUUCUUCCCGAAACCAAGGGCCGUAGUGUAGAAGAAGUGGUUCGAUCGAACUGGGCAGUUAAACUUAAUUCUGUCAGAUUCCAACCACGUAGCAUAGCGUAAGCUUAAUUCCAUGUAAUAUACACCGCAUUGUGACAAUUGGCUAGCUCGGGUAGCACUCAGAGCAUGUGAAAAGAGGACUGUGGAGUUUGCUUAGAUGAGCGUUUUUGUAUGUUUAUGGUAGAGUUCAGUCUGAGAAAAACAUUCAGUAUCCGCUUGAAAGGGAAAAAAAAAAAAUUGGCAAACAUGUUAAAUAAACCCGCGGUAGUAGCAGCUCCUCCACCCCCGCACUCCUCUUUAUUCAUU